AUGGAGCUCAGAGCGCACGGGACGAUCCCUCGAAAAAAACCAGUGCUCGUGUGCGUUCUGGACGGAUGGGGGGAGAACGCGAUCGAGGAUGAGCACAACGCCGUGCACGUGGCGAAGACGCCGACGAUGGAUGGGUUAAAGGCGCGAGGUCCGUCGCGGUAUCGAACGGUCAAGGCGCACGGUACCGCGGUGGGGUUACCCACGGACGCGGACAUGGGGAACUCCGAGGUCGGGCACAACGCCCUGGGCGCGGGGAAGGUGAUCGCCCAAGGCGCGUCUCUGGUGGACAUCGCGCUCGAGACGAAGAACGCGUUCAGCGACGCGGGAUGGAGCUACAUCAAGCCCGCGUUCGCGAACAACACCUUACACAUCAUCGCACUUUUGUCCGACGGAGGAGUGCACUCGCGAACGGAUCAAAUCUUUGGAAUGAUGCGAGGCGCCGUCGCGGAUGGGUGUAAGCGCCUGCGCGUCCACCCGCUCACCGACGGCAGAGACGUCGCGGAUGGGACGUGCCACGAAUACAUGGAGAAGCUCGUCGCCGAGCUCGACUCGUACGCCGCUCAAGGAUGCGAUGCGAAGGUUGCCUCGGGCGGUGGACGCAUGGCGGUCACCAUGGAUCGCUAUGAGGCGGACUGGGCGAUGGUUGAACGCGGCUGGCGAGCGCACGUCUUGGGCGACGCCCCGAACAAGUUCACGUGCCCGAAGGAGGCGCUCAAGGAGCUGAAAAAGGACGGCACCACCGACCAGUACAUUGCCCCGUUCGUCAUCGUCGAUGAGGCCGGCAAGGCGGUCGGGACGAUCGAAGACGACGACGCAGUCGUCAUCGGAAACUUCCGAGCCGAUCGCGUCGUCGAAAUCUCCAAGGCGUUCGAGUAUGUCGACUUCAACGAAUUCGAUCGUGUGCGAUUCCCGAAGACCAAGUUCGUCGGUCUCAUGCAGUACGACGGCGACUUGAAGCUUCCGGCGAACUAUCUCGUGCCACCGCCGCUCAUAGAGCGAACGUCCGGGGAAUGGCUCGCGAAGAAUGGUUUGAAGACGUUUGCGUGCUCUGAGACCCAAAAGUUUGGUCACGUCACCUUCUUCUGGAACGGCAACCGCUCUGGGUACUUCAACGAAGCACUCGAGACCUACGUCGAGAUUCCUAGUGACAAUGUUCCUUUCAACCAAGCUCCUUUGAUGAAGGCUCGCGAAAUUACCGCCGCAGGCAAGGAGGCGCUGCUUUCUGGCAAGUACGACGUCGUUCGUGUCAAUUACGCCAACCCGGACAUGGUCGGUCACACUGGUGACAUGAAGGCCACCGUGGCGGCGUGUGAAGAGUGUGACGCGUGCGUCAAGGAGCUUCUCGACCUCGUCGAAGAGUUGGGUGGCAUGUUCUUGGUCACCGCCGAUCACGGUAACGCCGAUGACAUGGUGCAACGGGACAAGAAGGGCAACGCGUUGACAGACAAGGCGACGGGCGCGCUUCUUCCGCUCACUUCGCACACCCUUGCUCCAGUUCCUGUCGCCAUCGGGGGUCCCGCUUUGCCCGAGAGCGUCAAAUUCCGCGAUGACCUCCCCGACGCUGGCCUCGCCAACGUCACCGCCACGUACAUCAACCUCAUGGGUUUCCAAGCGCCAGCAGAGAUGGAGCCCAGUCUCAUCGCCUGA